CAGCAAGGAAACCAAAUGGGUGAAAAAACCUUGAGGAAAAGAAAAGGAGAGGACACCGGAGAAGAGGAUGGAGAGUCCAUUCAAAGCAACGAACCCCAAACAACGAACCUGCAAAAGGAGGUGGGCCUCAUCAGUGGAAUCUGUAUGAUCGUUGGUACAAUUAUUGGCUCGGGGAUCUUUGUUUCUCCUAAAUCCGUCCUUGCCAACGUUGGAGCUGUGGGUCCUUGUUUGACCACCUGGGCAGCCUGCGGAGUUCUUGCAACAUUAGGUGCACUUUGUUUUGCUGAACUUGGUACAAUGAUCACAAAAUCCGGGGGGGAAUACCCUUACCUGAUGGAGGCAUUUGGCCCGAUCCCAGCGUUUCUGUUUUCUUGGACAAGCCUGAUUGUCACAAAACCCAGCUCCUUCGCCAUCAUUUGUCUCAGCUUUGCAGAAUAUGCAUCAGCUCCUUUUUAUCCCGGCUGCGAUCCACCUCCAGUUGUCACCAAGUGUCUGGCGGCAGCUGCCAUUGUGGUAAUCACCCUGGUGAAUUCCCUGAGUGUGAAGCUGGGAAGCUACCUCCAGAAUUUCCUUACCGCUGCCAAAAUGAUCAUUGUCACAAUCAUCAUUGUCAGUGGGAUUGUCCUCCUCGCACAAGGAAAAACGGAGAACUUUAAAGACUCUUUCAAGGACAGUACGAUCUCCGUGAGCUCCAUAGGCCUGGCUUUCUAUAACGGACUCUGGGCGUAUGAUGGAUGGAAUCAACUCAAUUACAUCACAGAAGAACUUAAAAAUCCUUACAGAAACCUCCCGCUAUCUAUAAUUAUUGGAAUCCCCUUGGUUACAGUUUGUUACGUUCUGAUAAACAUUUCCUAUUUCACCGUAAUGACUUCAACAGAACUCCUGCAGUCCCAGGCAGUUGCUGUGACAUUUGGAGACAGAGUCCUUUAUCCGGCCUCCUGGAUAGUUCCUCUCUUUGUGGUUUUUUCUACAAUCGGAUCUGCUAAUGGGACCUGUUUUACUGCAGGCAGACUGGUCUACGUGGCGGGCCGGGAAGGGCACAUGCUGAAGGUGCUCUCGUACAUCAGCAUUAAGCGUCUGACGCCAGCACCCGCCAUCAUAUUCUACGGGGCCAUUGCUAUUAUUUACAUUAUCCCUGGUGACAUCAACACACUCAUCAACUAUUUCAGCUUUGCGGUGUGGAUAUUUUAUGGUUUAACCAUACUCGGGCUCAUUGUUAUGAGGUUUACAAGAAAGGAACUCCAGAGACCCAUCAGGGUACCCAUCGUCAUCCCAGUCAUAGUGGUGCUGGUCUCCGUGGUGCUGGUGCUGGCGCCCAUCAUCAGCGCACCCGAGCUGGCCUAUCUGUACUGUGUUCUAUUUAUUCUCAGUGGACUUAUCGUUUACGUACUUUUUGUUCAUUUCAAAUUCAACUGGGCCAAAAAAAUCUCAGAGCCCAUCACCAUGCACCUUCAGAUGCUUUUGGAAGUUGUUCCAGCAGAGGAAGUCAAUGAACAGGAUAUUUAAUCUGUACCAGGCUGGUUUUGUGUGCCUGACUGGUUGAAGGAGAUUCCGUGGAGUCUGGCACAUGUUUAUACUUUAUCUACAUUGUUAUGUUUGUACCGGUGUAUUAUUUUUGCAACACUUUAGUACUUGAUAAAUGUUAAACAUAUAAG